CCAGUUUUCCGCGUCCCGAAAGUUGCAUCCGGUAAAUCGCUUCGGUAAAUCGAAAUUCGAUAGGUAUCGAUUGUCGAGACACUCGCGACGUGUUUUGGCCGUUACCUUUCCACACUUCGUGAGCACGAGCCCUGAUAAGGAUCACUUUUCGUAAUACCGAGGUUUCCGUCAGUUUGUGCUCCUUAAAAACUUGUGUCGCGAAUGAAACUCUCACCGUUCAACCGAAGUUAAUCGUCGAUACUUACGUUCCUCGUGUGAAUUUGUGUGUGCAAUUAUAGACAACUGAUUUUUUGCGAAUGCGAAAUUAAUAGCAAUUUUUCUCCUCAAGAAUAAAUUAAAAUCCUACAGGAUUAUCCACCCGACUCUCAGACAUCGACUUUGAUUUCAGGGAGUAGCUCCGUUAUAUCAAGUGCGUGAGUGUCCUCGUCGGUUAGUGCAUCUUCAAGAUGGAACGGAGGCUGCCGAUGAAAUCUCAACUCUCCGGGAGUGCGGUGACUCGCCGGUGACGAUUAAGUCCAUCCGAUAGUUCUAAAGACUGAAAGUGCGCGGAAAACCGAGUAAAAUGUCUCAGCAGUGCUACUCGAACGAGGGCUUCUCGCGGCAGAGCGAGGACCGCUACGAGUGUAUCGAUUCGACGGACGAAGAGCACGACCGGAGUCACCACUGGGAGGCCGACAACGAGACCUUCGUCGACGACUUCGACUGCUACGAGGACAUCCAGCAGUCGAACGCUCUUCUGGCCGCCCCGAACGCACCCGCACCCACCGGCACCAAGCUCUCGAGGAGCUGCUCGCAGUACCAGGCCACGAAGCCCGCCCUCCGGCACAACGCUUUCCCUUACCGCUCGCUCAACCUGAAAGCCCAACAACGGAUGCGCGCUUCCCCGAUCGGCGCUGCCGCCGUCAACUCCUUCCGCGAAGACGCGCCGCCCCCGCUCCCGCCACGCCAGACGAAGCCCCCGCACCUGGACCCCCAGGUCCCGAGCCCCCUGUGCCGGACCCCGGUCAAGCGGGUGCUCUCCCGGACCCACUCCGAGAGCCGCCGCUCGCUCAGCGUCCCCAGCCGGAGGCUCGACCCCAUGACCGCCGACAUCCUCGCGCCCAUGAUCGCCGCCGCCCUCAACAAGAACGGCAGCAGUUGUUCCUUGAGGCGCAGCCGCUCCACCAUCGCCCUCCGCCAGAACAGCAGCGCCCAGAUCAAGAGAGUCAACUCCAUCAACUUGGUCAGUUCCUCGGAGUCGACUUCGCCCCCGGUCUACGACACCAGCUCCUGCGCCCACUACACUUACGGCCACCUCACCCCGCGGCGCAACAACAUCGAGUCCGUCUUCGAGGUCUCCUCCACGCCGUCCAAGUCCAGGGUGCGGCGUCACAAGGGCGCCAAGCAGCGGCAGCUCUUCAAGGACCCCCACGACGAGCUGAGCCAGAGCUCGCUCCUCCGCCAGUCGCACAACUCCUCGCUCGUCCACCGGGGCUCGCCCAAAGUCAAAGUGACGUCACCAGGUAAUAAUUACGGUCAUAGGAACACCGCGGUUAUCGCUCCGUUGUACAGGUCGCAGAACGGGUCCAAAGCCAAUUUCGAGAACUUGGAAUGCGAGUUCGACACGCCUUGUUGCAAUAAUAACCAAUGCCGCUCCCCCUACAGGUCCCCGGAGAAACCCUCGUGGGGUCAGCUGCCCACCCCCAGUUUGGCCUUGGGCUCGCUUUACUGCGCGGCUUUCCUCCUCUUCGCCUCUGGUUUUAUCAGUUGCCUCCUCUGCUUCUAUCAGAUGUCGACCAGAGGCCGGAGGUACUAUUUGGACUUCGCCUUGUUCGCCGGGUUCGUUUCGAUUUUGUUAGGUUUUCUAGGUUUUAGGUUUCAGUACUGGAAGUGGUUCCCCAAUAGAAAUUAUAUUUCCGGUUACAUUUUGUCGUGUUUGUUUAGUUUGCUCUUGACGGGGUGUUUGGUGACGCUGCUUUACGAGCCGGACCUCGAACCGCCCAUGAUAGAUAUUGCUGGGGGUGCUUUGUGCGGUGUUGCCAUACUGUCGGCAAGUCUCACGAGCUUCGGUUUGAUGACAUCGUUCUGUUGCAGAUACCCACCUCCGGACAACAGGGUUGCCCACGCGGUCCAGGGUUUCACGGUUUAG